AAACAUUCCCCUCCAUUAGCUCUCUCAGCUCAUCAGAUAAAGCAGACAGUCCAACAGUCAGUCUGUAUGUUCUGGGACUUCGCCACCAAACAAUAUGGUGGAGACUCAGAAAGUGUUUCAGUCACUGUUGGACAUAGUGUCGUGUCCAGUGUGCUUUGAGCGACUGAGGCCCCCCACCGCCUGCUGCGUCAACGGACACGCGGUGUGUAACAACUGCAAGCAGAGACUCGCUCGGUGUCCCAAGUGCUGCAGCAAGUUCUCCGAGGAGAAACACACAACUCUGUCACAGAUACUGGAGGCACUGCCAUUCUCUUGCAAGUAUAAAGACUGUGCAGAGCUGACCCAAGACAUAGACCAUCACGAGAAGUGGUGCGGGUAUCGACCUACCACUUGUAGGAGGUGUGAGUGGACAGGACCAGCCAAGCAGCUGCAAGCCCAUGCUGAGAGAGGCCAUGCGCUACAGACCAACGACGUCAACAACACUCACUACAUGGACCGAGACUUCAAGUGGACCUACGCCAGGGUGCAGCACGGACAGAUGUUUUGGGACAUCAGGAAACAUGACUUGAAAAAGAAGACAUUUUCCAUUCAGCUCAUUUGGGUCCCGAAUGGACAGAUGACAGAGGAGAAAUUCAGUUUGACAGUUGAAUUUCAGUCGAAAAAUUCUAGUUUAGUUGCCACUACUAAGAUUCAGUUUCUUCCAGGCAACAGUUCGGAUGAUUUCAACUGCCUCAUAUUCCACACAGAUGCAUUAAAACAAUAUACAAAAAAGAACGAUGUAUCUUACAAGCUUCGUGUGGUUAAAGAGUAAGCAUAUUAGGAAGUGAAAAGUAUGAAAUAUUUUGGUUGAAAACUACAGUAGAUCCUAUUGUAGUGGUCACUUUUUAUGCAGCCAUCACUCAGAAUAUGUGAACUGGAGUAGCUUUACACAAUAAUAUUGACAGUAAAAAUAUGUACAGCAUAGUUAGGAAGGUACAUUUUACACAACAACACCAGUUUAGGCACAUUUUCAAAGUAUCAAAAACUCAGCUGAUCAUGUUGAUUAGUAAAUUUUAAAUUAUUUUUAACAUUUAAUUAUAUAAGACUAGGAAUCCUGCUUGUUUCAUUAAGGGGAAAUUCUUUUGAUCAAUGAAGAUUUAUUGUACAGUAGUGGACAAAAUAACAUAAUGUAUAGUCAUCAUUAAGUUUUGCAUUCUGUAAAUCAAAACCUAGAGUGUUAUCAAUUAAACACAACAGAGUGUGUUCAGAGACUAUAGCCUAUUACCAUAACGUAUAAAUAUUAUUUCACAAUUAUUAUUGUUUAUUUAUAUUUAUGAAAUGUCAUGUAUAAUAAUAAAAUUGGUAUUUAUGAGCGGAAUUUGGGCCUAAUUGUAUAUUCUGAUUUUGCUUAUUAAAACGUAUGGUUA